AUGGGUCUCAAGAUUAAAAAAAAGGCAGCUGACGAUGCUGUGAAGGAAGAAGAAAAAGCGGUCAAAAUGUUAAAGCCACACAAGCCACUCCGGAAGCUGAAACUUGAAGACCUUCCUUUGCAGGACAAAGGACCAAGGCCACAAGAGCUUUGGGAUAUAUUCUUCCAACAUAAUGCGCUGGAUAUCAAUAAGCACCCCACUAUCAAAAAAAUUGCCACUAAUCAUCUGAAUGAGUGGUGCAGCACAUUUGGAAAGGAUGCUCUCAAGAUACUCAAAUGCCAAUUCAGACAUCCCAAGUUUUGCCAUGACAUUGAUGCCUGGAUCAAAUUUGUUCAUGACCAUUUGCCAUGUAAAGUAAACAACCAAAAAUGUGUACCUUUUGUGUUUGCAGAUAUCAAGAAUUUCAAAGGAGCUUGGUUGUCACCCAUACUACUGGAACUUGCAGCUACUUAUAUCAAACACUGUGGUAAGGCUUUCAGCACAUUCGGAAAACAAAUUGGCGCACUUGGUUUGGCAGCUGCUGUGUACCACCAUGCAUUAUCACUCUACACUGAGGGUGAAUUGGCAAAAGAGGCAGCCAAGUGCAAUUUAGACAUGGCAGGUGGUAAAAAUCUGAAGAACAUUGACUUUGAUGCAGCAUGGGGGUCCAUCGCAAUGUGUUAUGUGGAACAAGCCACUGGAUUGCCUGGAGGCAAGUGGGAAGCUAUUAAGAAUGCCUUGACAGAGUUGGUUGAGAUGGAUGCAAGAUCUGAUGAUGAAGGUUUCGACAAUGACGACAACAAUAUUAUGGACAUCUGUGGUGUGGUUCUGCUCUCUGAUGCUGAGGAUGGAGGUCCUCAACUUGAACAAAUGGAUUCCUGA